AUGGACGAAGAUGAAGAAGAGACAGAAGUUAAAAAAGGACCUAAAUUUUCAACAUCUAUGUACAUUUCACAAGGAAGUACUUACCUUCACCACAAUCGAGUAGAAAAAGCAAUAGCCUGCUUCAACACAGCUUUGGAAAAAGAACCCAACAAUUUACGGAGCCUCAUUUACCGGUCCAAGUGCUACAUGAGAAUGGCCAGAUUCCAAGAUGCGUAUCGGGACGCAGAAACGGCCCUACGGUCGAAUUCCAAAUCUUGCGAGGCAAAAGCUCUGAAGGGGGAAGCCGAAUAUUUCCUGGGAGACUUCGAGAGGGCUCUUUUGACUUUCAGGAGAGCAGAGCGCGAAAGACCGAACUUCGAAAGAUUCAGGUUUGGACAGCAGAUGAGUCGGAGAGCCAUCGACAACGCCUUGCAGCCUGAUGAUCCUAUGACCUUGGGUGACGAAGACACGGAGAGAUUCCAAAAGAUCGACGAUGAAACAGUUUGUGAACAAGUAGAGCCAAGGGGACACGACCCGCUGACGGAGGACAUCAAAACACUUGAUGAAUUUCUGUCAGAUGACUGUAUUUCUUCCGUGCACCCUAUCUGUAGUGAGCUUAAGUCUUAUUUGAAAGAUCGACAACAGUUUUGGAGAACACAAAAUCCUGCUGGUACUAAACGAGCCAGUAAAGCAAUCAAUUCUCAGGAAGCUAAGAGAGGGCGAGCCGAAAAGGAUCACACAUCUGACACGAAAAAAGAAGACAGAAAGGGUGGUGAUUUAGUAUCUAGUCACGAGGUUGAAAAGCACCCAGGUAUAACAGAAACUAUUGAAGAGAAAGGAACACCAAAGAAGGAUAUUAAUAAAAGAAAAGAAGAUUAA